AUGGAAUAAUAAAAAGCACCAAUAAUAUCUUUAGAGGCUAAGGUAUCUGCAAUUGAAUGUCCAGCCUUCAAUUUAUUAGAUGACAAAAGCAAGCAUUAUGCCUACUACUUUACAAGAGCUUGUUGGGCAGGUGCAAAGAUUUGUUAUUUUUAAAGAUCAUAUGAAGCGCCAGGAUUAUUUUAUUUGUUGUAAAAGAUAUUUUAGAAAGAAUCAGUAUGAAUAAUUUAUAUUAUCUAGACAACAGAAGUAAGGGACAAGUUAUUGUAGAAUGAAUUCACAGAAAAUUAGGUUUAAUAAUUAUAUACUUAUAUCUCUGCAUUUUUCUAAAAUUGUGGAAAUUAUCUUAGUUUUGGUGAUUCAAAGUUUAUUCCUGAAUUGCCUUAAGAAAAAUUUCUAUAAUUCUUGUAAUUAACAAAGGCAUAUUCAGAAUAAUAGGAAGAAUUUACAAAAAUAUGGAAUUUAAUAGAAAAGUAUAUUUAUUCAUAUGAGAAACCAUAUGGAUUAUUGGAUUUAUUAGAGAAAGGAGGAUCUAAUUCUUAUUAUUCUCCAAAUUUAAGUAAGGAAUUGAUAGAAGAAUUGGAUUAAUUUUUACAUAAACAAAACUUAAGUGAAUUAAAUACUAGAGUAAUUUUAAAUGGAGAUAGAUUGGAAUUAUUGGUAGCAUCAUCAGAGAGAUCAGACAUUGUAGAAUUAGGUGAAAUUUAAGGUAAAAAAGUAGUUGCUGUUUAUGGUGAUUUUAAAUCUUUUUUGAAUGGUGUAGCUACUAAUUUAAGAGAAGCAUAAAAAUAUGCUGCCAAUGAAACUUAAGUUAAAAUGUUAGAGGAAUACAUUAAACACUUUUAAAGUGGAGAUAUUGAAUAACAUAAGGAAAGUUAAAAAUUAUGGAUAUAAGAUAAAGGACCAAUUAUUGAAACCAAUAUUGGUUUUAUUGAAACAUAUUUAGAUCCAAUGAAAGUGAGAGCAGAAUAUGAAGGAUUUGUAUCAAUAGUAAAUUAAGAAGAAUCAAAAUUACUUGGAAAUUUAGUUGAGAAGGCAGAAGAUAUAAUUAAAGAUUUACCUUGGCCUAAGGAAUUUGAAAUUGAAAAGUUUAGCAGACCUGACUUUACAUCAUUAGAAAUAUUGGCAUUUGCUUGUUCUGGUACACCAGUUGGCAUUAAUAUACCAAAUUAUGAUGAUAUUAGAUAAAAUUUAGGAUUUAAAAAUGUUAAUUUAGGAAAUGUUUAUGGUAAACCAAAUAGGGAUUCUGUUAGAUUCUUAUAAGGAACAGAUAUUGACUUAUUCAUUAAGUAUUAUAAAGAAUCUUUGUUUGUUGUUGUUGCAUUACAUGAAUUGAUUGGACAUGGAAGUGGUAAGAUAUUUAUGGAAGAUAAAGAAGGAAAAUUGAAUUUUGAAAAUGUCAUAAAUCCAUUUACUAAUGAAAAAGUAACAACAUUUUAUAAACCUAAUGAACAUUGGCAUGCUAAAUUUGGAGAAUUAUCAGGUGCUUAUGAAGAAUGUAGAGCAGAUAGUGUAGCCUUAUAUCUUAGUACCUAUGAUGAUGUAGUUUAAAUUCUAGUACCUGGUAAAACUAAAGAAGAAAGAGAUGAAAUUGUAAAGGCUGCUUGGCUUGAUAUCAUUAUGGGAGCAUUAAAAGGACUUUAAUAUUAUUCAGCUGAAUAAUCAAAAUGGGGAUAACCACAUAUUUUAGCUUCAUAUGUGAUUCUGUAAUCAAUAAUAUAAAAGGAUCCAUCUUUUGUUUAAUUUAUCCAUUCAGAAUUCAAUAAUAAACCUUAUUUUACUGUUUAAGUAGAUUAUAAUAAAAUUUGGACUGUUGGCAAAGAAGCCAUUGCUGACCUUUUAAAAGGCUUAUAAGUAUAUAAAUCAGUAGCUGAUGGUGAAAAUGGUAUGAAAUUCUUCAAUAAAUUCACUUAAGUUGAUCAAUAAUUCCUUUAACUUAGGGAAAUUGUUUUGUAAUAAAUAUUGAUUUAUUUUUAGGACUCAUAAACAACCAAGAAAGAUUGAAUUAUAACCAGAUGUCAGAUUAAAUAAUGGAUAAAUUGAAUUAGUAGUAUUUCCAGAAUCACAUGAAGGUGUUAUUCAAUCACAUAGUAUAUUUAUUAAUUUAAUAUAUAGUAUUCCAUUAUUAGAAUGAUGUUGAAGAUGUUAAACAAGAGUUUUUAGAUAGAUAAUAAUAUUUUAAGAAUUGAA